AUGUCUCCGCAAUGGGCAGACCAACCGCUUUCUCUUAUCCCAACUCUUCCAUUCUCUAAGGACACGUCCCACGCGGCCUAUUAUGUUGCCACCCAGAUGGCACUGGCCCACAACGGCAUCAUCCGCGGUCUGAACAGCAUCUAUCUCCAAGCCGCACAGAUACCGCGCACAGAGGCUCGAGACUUUCUGACUUACUGCCAAUGCUGGUACGAGUCUAUGCACCAUCAUCAUGACUCGGAAGAGGAGAUGUUCUUUCCGGACGUUGAGAGUAUCACGCAUAUACAGGGCCUCAUGGAAGGCAAUGUUGAACAGCACCGCGCCUUCACGCCCGGCUUCGAAGCGUUCGAAGCAUAUACCAAGAGCUGUCUUCCAGAAGAUUAUGACGGAGAGAAAGUCAGGAACUUGAUUGACGCAUUUGCAACACCACUGCAUCGGCAUUUGGUGGAUGAGAUCGAUACGCUGAAGGCUCUUGACCGAUAUGAUAGCGAGGAAAUACGAGGGGCGUAUAAAAGGUUUGAGAAAUCUGCUAUGGACACUGAUAAGGCAAGAUCCCUACUGUCUCUUCAGCAGAUUUCACAUCACUGA